GCAGCGCCGAGCUGCGGCGACGGGACUGGAGACGCGGCGGCCGCGAAGGAGCAGAUAAAUGAACAACCCCAGGAGGCAGCUGCUAUUACCAUCCCCACUUUACAGCCUCCUCUCCCGCGGAGCUUGAAGCUGGGCACCCUGGGGGCCAUGCAGAGGGCUGGGGCAGGGGGCCGGAGGGCCUCUGACUGCGGCCCUGCCCCUCACCGGCCCCGGUGCAUCAGCAAGUUCGCCCAGUAUGUGGGCUCCUUCCCCGUGGACGACCUGGACACCCAGGAGAGUGUGUGGCUCGUGCAACAACAGCUGUGGGCACUGAAGGAUUGUCCCCGACGCCGGGCUGUCAUCCUGAAAUUCAGCCUUCAGGGCCUCAAGAUCUACAGCGGGGAGGGCGAGGUGCUGCUCAUGGCUCACGCUCUGAAGCGUAUCCUCUACUCUACCUGGUGCCCCGCCCACUGCCAGUUUGCCUUCAUGGCCCGAAACCCCCAGAGCCCGGCCAGCAAGCUCUUCUGCCACCUCUUUGUGGGCAGCCAGCCUGGAGAGGUCCAGGUCCCGCACCUGCUGCUCUGCCGUUCCUUCCAGCUCGCUUACCUCUUGCAGCACCCUGAGCAGCGGGCACAGCCCGAGCCCUGCCCGGGGUCUGCAGGGGACAUGCCCCUGAAGCCACCGUCCAGCCCUGGGGGGCCCCCUGGCCUAGUACGGGAACCCUUCGGCCGUGAUCAGCUCUCCCAGAAUGUGCACGCCCUGGUCUCCUUCCGGCGGCUGCCAGCAGAGGGGCCUGUGGGCAGUGGGAAGGAGCUGCCAGAGUCAGAAGGCCGUGGGGGCCCUCGCCAUGCCCGCCUGGGGAAUCCGUACUGCUCGCCCACGCUGGUGCGCAAGAAGGCCAUCCGCAGCAAGGUGAUCCGCUCUGGGGCCUACCGAGGCUGCACCUACGAGACUCAGCUGCAGCUGUCGGCUCGGGAGGCCUUUCCUGCCGCGUGGGAGGCGUGGCCCCGGGGGCCUGGUGGCCCCUCGUGCCUGGUGGAGAGCGAAGGCAGCCUGACGGAGAACAUCUGGGCCUUUGCUGGCAUCUCCAGGCCCAGCGCCCUCGCCCUGCUGCGGAGAGACGUGCUUGGGGCCUUCCUGCUGUGGCCCGAGCCCGGCGCCAGCGGCCAGUGGUGCCUCUCGGUGCGGACACAGUGCGGCGUGGUGCCCCACCAGGUCUUCCGGAACCACCUGGGCCGCUACUGCGUGGAGCACCUGCCUGCCGAGUUUGCCAGCCUGGAGGCCCUGGUGGAGCACCACGCUGGGACCGAGCGCAGCCUCUUCUGCUCCCUCGACAUGGGCCGUCUGAACCCCAGCUACGAAGAGCAGGACUGCAGGCCCGAGGGCAGACCCCCCCGGACACUGCGGCCCCUUGGCCAUGCCAAGUCCGAGGCCGAGCUGCAGGGCCUGGGGUAGGAGGCUCGCCCCCUGGCCCUACCUCACGCUGGCUCCUGGGUCUCAACAGGCCGCCCUGCCCUUCUGCCACCCUGCUGGUCACCAGUUCCAUCCAGUCACUCUGCCCCUUGGACCAGUCUUCCAUCACUUCACUGCCUGU